UACGGGUGGAAUGGGAGAGGGAGAAGGGAGGACGUCGGGAGUUGCAGGAGGAAGAGAAUUCACCCAGCCAACCAGCGACGCUCGCGGUAAACAUCCACCCGGGCCUCCGAGCCGCUGCUUUUCCUCGCCCCCCUCUCGGUCGCGCCCCUUCCAUUGUACUCAGCACCAGGGGGGUGUAGCGAGGCCUGGAUGCGCUGCAUGGCGACUCUGCCCUGCGCUGGCUGGGGUUACUGCGCUGUUGCACUCGCUCUGGGUAUCACUCAACACGACGCGGUGACUGCCCAAUCCGGGCCAAACAUUACCCAUCCAACCAAUCACAUGACCCCUUAUGACCCAGCCCCACUCUUCAUACUCUCCCCCUCCCACCUGCUUCCCUCUCCUACCCUCUGCCAGCCCUACGCUGCACCUCUCGUCCUGCGAAUACCCCAGCGAUGCAUGCACAGGCGGGGCAGUCGCAAGAGACGGAGCGCCGUCUUGUUCCGAACCUUUUGGGUUGCCAAAUAAACAUCGGUCCGGCCGAACUCCGCGUUUUCCCGACGCGGCCGUACUUCGGGCGUAACACGGCGGUAUCAGAUCGAGGCUUUGUUUGGUUCGCAGCGUUGUUUUCGAGAGGGGACAAGUUGGACAUCUGUUGCGAUGUGGCAUGCACAUGAUUCUCGACUAGCCAACAA